AUGGGUGACGAGAACCACCGCGCCCUUGCGCCCAGCGACGAGGCGCAAUAUGACGAUUCAAGACCUGCAAAGAGGCAGCGCAACUUUAUUGCCCGACAAGCCUGCGAAGCAUGUCGCCUCAAAAAGACAAGAUGUGACGAGGAUAUGCCUUGUAGUCUGUGCAAAAGCCUGGGGAUCGAGUGCACCUACGCAGAACGUAAACCGACAAAAAAUGAAAUCUCGAUGAGCAUGAUAUUCAAUACUCUAAGGCGCAUGGAGUCGAAGAUCGACCACAUGUCCGGCCCAGCGUCAGCAAAAUCGGUUCAUGAGCUCGAGGCUAACAAGGGAGGCGAUUCCAAUCUACCACAUCAUGAGAGCCCUUAUCAUAUGGAUUCAGUAGUGUCUCAUCAAUCUUUUCCUUCCCCACUGUCAAGUACGAAGCAAUUGCCCCGACUGUUGAACACCCAAUCUGCAGUUCUAUCAUUUAGUGCCCGUCGAACGAUCCACUGGCCAGGGGUGCAGGCUCUACUCCCAAGCGGUCUGACUUCCGAGGUUCGAAAGCUGGAGGGAAGCUAUCCUACUCAUCUGGAAUCCGCGCGACCGUCGCUUGAACCCGUUAUCUCAGCGCAAGGCGCCUUGUCGACGCUUGACUGGCUCGCCUCCCUCAGCCUGUCUUCCGUCAAGGACCUGUCGAAUGCUUAUUUCGACACCUUCAACCGGGUGUAUCCAUUCAUCGACCGCGAUUUCUACUUUCUCAGCACUCUUGCUGUUGUAGUUCGAGAGGGAUUUGGCCACGACAUAGAGUCGUGUCUCGUGCUAAAUGUCAUGGCUCUGGGGUGUAUGGCCAUAAAGGCAUACGAAGAAGGCGGAUUUGAGAUAUCAAAUCAAGCCUCGAUAACCCCAGUCAUACGACACAUCAUCGAAGAAGAAAUCGCCGGCCUAAGCUUUUUCAACGAAGCCCGGAGGCGAGUCGGCUUCUGCCUCUCUGAGCGAGACAUUCAGGCUUGCCAGUAUUACCUGACAUCGGCCGUGUUCUUUGCACAAACGAUGCGUCCAGUGGAUAAAUGGCUGGAGACCAGUCGGGCGGCAAUGAUCUGCACUGCAUACUGGAAAUGCCCACCCGAAGCGACCGAUGAGUGGCUAGCAGACAUGCAAGCAAGGCUAUUCUGGUGCUCACUUAUGAUGGAGAGUCUUGUCGUUCAAGAGUUGGAGCUUCCACCAAGUGGUCUGAAAGCGUGGGAAGACGACGUACCCCUCCCCAAAUUUACCACAUAUCCUUAUGCCAGCGGUUCGCGCCCCCAAUAUUCGGACGACUCGUUCUACCACUAUCAUUUUCUAGCGCAGAUCGCCCACAGAAUAAUCCUCAACCGGAUCAGGGACGAACUAUUCUUCAGCAAUCCCUCAACUAAAGUUGCAGAAGAGCUUCGCCACCAGCUUGAGCAGUGGCGUGCCAACCUUCCUCAGGCGCUACGCUAUGCUAGCGACCGAGAACAGCAUGACUUUGACUGUCCGGCGGACGCAGUUGUCGUCGCCUUGCUUCAAAUGCGUUACCGGGUGUCAAUUUUCCAUCUAGGCCGACCAUUCCUGUAUAAAGCCAUUCAAAAUCCUGCGUCAGUCAACGACAUCGAGCUCAAAUUAUGUGCAGAAGCACUCGAAUAUGCCAUGGAUUGGCACAUGACGUUGGACGUCUGUGCGAGGAUGCACAACUUUGAGCCCGUCAAAUACUUUGCGUGUGGCCAAUUCUUUGGGCAGCUACUCAUUUUCUACGCUUUCAAGAACUCACCUGAUCGUCGACUGCGAGACACGCUUCCAUCGGGAUACGAAGCCUGGUGCACCAAGAUGCUGGCCUUCAUUUAUGGUUUUGUUGAUUCGAGUCCAACGAUUGCCAAGGAUCUGGAAUUACUCUCCUCCUUGUAUCACAUUCAGGAUGGAUGA